GUUUCAUGUUAUUUAUGGGUUAUCUUAUGUCAAACGGAAUUCUUCCAAACUAAAUAUGAGAUGAAUUAUCAAAAAUAUUUUUUUAGGAUGAAAAAAUAUUGAUUUUAUUACAGCAGAGAUUUCGUAUAAAAUUUAUGUUACAGUACACCAAGACGAAUGAGUAUUGAAAAAAUAAUCAUACGCCACCUUGUACCUAUAAUUGACUUUUAAGAAUUAAGAAUUUUUAAUUGUUUUAUCAAGACUUUAAUACAAAUACUUAAAUCUUAAAAUUUAAACACCUCAACUUGUUAAACAUAUGUUAGACUUAUUUGAAAAACAAACACAGACUCAAAUAUCAUUUACACAUAUACAUAUUAUAUUUAGUACACAUACCAAAUCAAAGAAACAUUAUAAACAACGCAAUUUCAAAAAUAUAUAGCAUGCUACAAAUUAAUAUCGCUCACAUAUUUAUAUCAUCAAAUUGCUAAGUAAACAAAAUUUCCUUUAAACACAUGCUUUACUCUCUCAAAUAAACAAAAAAAAAGUUGCAAAAAAAGAAAACAAAACAAAAAACCCAGAAAUUUCAGUACACAAUUGCCGUUAGUUAAACACAAAUGUACAUGUAUAUCUUGCUCUCACUCACAUUUUAAUCAGAAAAAAACACUCUCUCUCACACACACACACACACACACACAAAACACACACCAACAAAUCCAUCUUCGAUUGGCACACUAAACGAGUAAACCAGAAAUAAUAUCCCAACCAGUUUUCGUGUAGCUUUAACGACGUUUGAACAUGUAGACGGGAAAAAAUUAAAGAUUUUAAUAAAAUAGUUUAAAGAAAAAAAACAAAUAUAUAAAGUGUUAAAAAAACAUAAAAAAUUUUAAAUAAAUAAAUGUUUUAAAAAUUAUAAAAAAAUAAAUUAAAAAAAUUGUUAAUGUCAUAUAAUACAGCCGACAAAUUAACACGCAAAUGUUUGCAAAAAUACAAUAAAAAAUUUUAUAAAAACACCCUCCUUCUUCUCCAAAAACGAAUUAAAACUAAAAAAAAUCAAUAAAUUUCAUAAUAAUCAACAAAGCUACAACAAAAACGGCAAAUAAUUUAAUACAAAUUUAGCAAUAAUUAAUUUAUAGUUUAAAUGCGAAUAAUAAAACUAUAAUGAUUAUUAAUUACAGUUGAAAAAAAUAAUACUUAGCUAAAAACAAAUAGAACAUUUGUUAAUUCUUGGAAAAAAGUUGAAAAAUGUUAUUAAUUAAUAAAUAUUACUAAAUAAAAAUAACAAACAUAAGUGAAGAAAUGUUGAAGAAAAACAUUUAUUAAAUCUCAAGCAGAAAAUAAAUAGUUUAUUAAUUUGUAAAAUUUUUGAGUAAACCAAUUUUAAUAAUAUUUAACAACAACAGGUGUAAAGUUUUAUAAAAAAGUUAAGUUUUCAGAGCUUUUGAAUUAAAAAGCGUUUUUUAGCUGUUUAUGGUGACUUGUGAAAAACAUAUGAAUUUUUGACUAAAUUUUCUUUAUUAUAUAACAAUUUAAUUAUUUAAAAAUUUUAUAUUUGGAGAAAAUAUAAUACACUUUAUUAACCUACUGGUGGCAUCUGAGAAUAUAAAAUGAAAAUUAAAGUUAAAAAUAUGCUUUUUAAAAGAGAUAAAACGCUAAAAAGCAAAUAAAAAUUAAAUUAAAUUCAAUGUAAUUAACUCAACUCUCAAUGUUGUCGUAAAAUAAAUUAACAAGCAACUAAAAAUACUAACAAGCAGCUACAAAACAAAAAAUAGCAAAGUCUACAAACCGAAAAAAUUAAAUCAAUUUUAAAAGCAACUAAUAUAGAGUAAAUGCAGCAAAUAACAAAAAAUAAAUUUAACUAAAACAAAGAAGAGAUUCAUUUAAAAAAAUGUUUGUGUGUUUUCAAAAAUCAACAAAAUUUAGUGCCAAAUUAGAGUAUGUAGUACCUGAAAAACGUAAGAUUUAAAAGACAAAGUUAAUUAGACAGCAACUGCAUAUAGCAGCAACAAAAUGACAAGAGAACGAGAUUUAGCUUAAAAGAAAAAAAUUAAAAAUAAAACGAAAACCAAAAAAAAACGUAAUUGUGUUCCAUUAGCAAAUAAGCAACUGAAUUAAGAACAACACAAUAAAAUGGCGGGUCCACAAGUACAACGUCCACAAAGCGCCUACUAUACUGGACUAAAUGGUUCAUCGAAUGGCAAUCAAAAUGGUAAUAGAGGUUCAGUAGGAGGUGAAGGUGCUCUGACCACCAGCACUUCUCAUCACACUGGCCUCCAUGUCAUACGUACCAUAUCACACGAAAGUGAACUCAUCUAUCGUGGUUCGAAUGGUAAUACUCAUAAUCUUAAUAACAAUACCUCCGCCACUUCAGUACAGGACGCCUGUGCGGCCAGUACAAGUCGUUCGAUUAUACAACAGCAACCCACUCUGCUGCAUAAUCCACCAACAAGUGGCGUAAUAGGUGGUAGUAAUGGUGGUGGUGGUCCUGGUAGUAGUUCCAUAAAUUUAGCCACCAUUGCCGGUACAGGUCAAAAUCCUAAUGAUGCAUUAAUUGUUCCUGCAGCUACUCUAACGGUAGCCUCACAACAUCAUAACGAACCUGCAAAUAUUUCAUCGCAUUCCCUUAAAGCUUCCAGUAAAAAUAAACAACGUAGUAUAGAAAUUAUAGUUGAUGCUACAAAAUGUGAUACAAAAGAUGAUGAAGAUGAUAUUGAACAGGGUAAAUCGAGACGUUCAUCUCGUCAUCGCCAUCGACCGUUGCAUAGGCGGUUUCUAACAUAUUUAAAGAGUCUAUUCCAAGGCAGCACAACACAAACUGAUUCCGAAUUAGAAGAGUUUGAAACACCAGCACGCUAUCGACCUGAUUCCCUUAGUGCUUUAAGUCGUUCCACCCGCUUUACAGAAGAUGAAAUCAAACGAAUUUAUCGUGGUUUUAAGGCUGAAUGUCCAACUGGUGUUGUCAAGGAGGAGACUUUUAAACUGAUUUAUUCACAGUUUUUUCCACAGGGAGCUAAUCCAACAUUAUAUGCCCACUAUGUUUUUAACACACUAGACCAGGAUCAUACGGGUAUUGUGAGUUUUGAGGAUUUCGUUCAAGGACUUUCGAUAUUGUCGCGAGGUUCGGUGGAAGAGAAAUUACGUUGGACUUUUCAAUUAUACGACAUCAAUGGUGAUGGUUAUAUAACGAGGGAAGAAAUGACUGAUAUUGUGACUGCCAUUUAUGAACUGAUGGGACGUCUGCCCGAUGAAUUACCCGAAGAGGAAAAAAUCAAAGGAAAAGUGGAGCAAAUAUUUCAGAAAAUGGAUAUAAAUCGUGAUGGUGUAGUAACGCUGGAAGAAUUUCUAGAGGCUUGUCACAAUGAUGAUGCUAUUUCGAGAUCAAUGUCAGUAUUUGAUUCUGCAUUCUGACCAUAUCCAUUGGAAUGUGAAAUAAAGAAAUCAACAAUAUCAUCAUCAUCAGCAGCAGCAACACCAACCCUAACGGCGACAACUAAGAAAGCCAAACGUUUAGAGAGUGGACAGCGUACAAAAGGACAUGCCGGACGAACGGAAGAUGGUAAACACAACAAACAAAUGAAGGCAAUACGUGAACAACGAAAGCAUGACAAACAACUGAAAUUACGUGAAAAGUAUGAAGGUGAUGGCGGCACAGAUGUCGACGAGAUUUUAUCGGUAACAACAACUGUAAAUAAUGAAGACAGCGAUAGUGAGGUGAGCGAGACAGAUUCCUAUUGUCGCCACUGUUUGAGGCCACAAUCUGAGUUGCAACUUAGAUAUAUGAGACCACGACAGCGUAGUAAAUUACGCCAACAACAGCAUGCCAAACGUGAGCGAAGUAAACAACGUUUUAGUACGUUUUGUGCUGGCAGUGGCAGUGGAAAUGCCAAUGCGAGUAGUGCUGCAGGUGGCGGUAGUGGUAAUCAAGCUCAGAAAAUGCGUUCGAAAAAAUCCCGUUCUAAAAGUCGUGCUAAACGUGCCCGUAAUAAUAAACACUCUACUACUAUUCACAACAUUAGCCACAACAAAACUAACAAUAACAAUAAGGAACAACAUUUAAAACUGCCAUUAAUACGGGACUUGAAUGCAGCCAAUGAACAGGCCAUACGUUUUCGUUGUCCUCAAGUGGGACCACAAGUGGGACGUGAUCGACAAAUGCCACCCAUGUUGCAUUUUCAUCAUCCACAACAUGUACAAAAGCAACUAACAGCAUAUCAAGUGCAAUAUACACACGUUUAUGGGCAACAACGUUUUGGAGGCCAACAAGCCAUAAGCCCCAUGCAAACAACUACUUUAACCAUGGAAAGUGAAUUGAAGCAGCAGCAACAACAGGACCAUCAUCAUCACCAUCACCUACAUCAUCAGCAACAGCCACAUGUAACGCCAACAAAAGAUUUAACUGCCACCAAUAUGACAACAGCAGCAGCAACAGGAGCAAACAAUUUACGAGACUGUUGCCAUUCCUCAAGCCAUCAACAAAAUCAACAACCAACUCAUCAUCAAAGUCCCAAAUGUAGCAGUGAUUACAAGCAACAAGCAAUUUGUUCCAACAUUGCCCCUGCUACUUCUUCCAGUUGUUGUUGCUGUUGUACGUCUAGUGCCAUGGCAACAACAACACAAUAUCAUCAUCAUUAUCACCAUUACCCCGACCAUCCUCCUCAACAUUUGCAUCAUAAUUUGCCACAACUGCCACUAACACAUCUAGAGACCGCAUCUACAACUACAGCUGUUGCUUCUUUUGAAGCCACCACCACAUUAGUGGUAACAGCAACAACAACAACAUCAGCAACUACUACCACCAACAUCUCCAUUCCCACUCAAGCCCUAGCACAACAACUCCCACCUGCACCUCCACCGCCACCACCUUUGCCAUUAUCAGAUGAACAUGGAAGUUUAAAUUUCAAUAAUCCUACAACAUCAACUGAACUAGUGGACCCCUCUAAUCUGGCGGCAGCAGCCACUACACCCGAUUCUCCUUCAUUGGUUAAAGUGAGCACUUGGUAUACUGUUGCUAAGCAGGGCGUUUCUUGCUAAUAUUUUUUCUCCCCACAAAAUUGGUUGCAAUUUUCAACAUUUAACUAAUACAACAACUAUGAUUACUACAGCAACAAACUCCAAACUACCUAGUUUUACUCUAAAAAAAAUAUUCUUAUAUGUAUGUUUCCGUGUAUGAGCAUGUGUUGCAGUGUUAUUACCGAUAUUUGCUUUUUAAUUGAUGUACAACAAAGAGAUUGUAGAAAAAAAGCAAACCCUGUAACGU